AUGACAACAGUCCACUCCUAUACAAACGAUCAGGUUGUCGCUGAUACAAUGCACAAGGAUCUCCGCCGUGCUCGUGCUGCUGGCAUGAACAUCAUCCCAACAUCCACAGGUGCUGCUAUCGCUCUUCCAAAGGUUUGCCAUGGUCUCCCACCAAAGUCCCUCGAUGGCUUCGCUCUUCGUGUCCCAACAAUCACAGGCUCCCUCGUCGACCUCACAGUCAACGUUAACGCCAAGGUCACAAAGCAGGAAGUCAAUGCUGCCCUCAAGAAGGCUACAGAGGAAGGCUCCCUCAAGGGCAUCAUGACAUACGUCACAGACCCAAUCGUUUCAUCCGAUAUCAUCGGCUGCCAGUACUCAUCCAUCGUUGACUCACUCUCAACAAUGGUCCUUCCAAACCCAGAAGGCCAGGGCACACUCGUCAAGGUUCUCUCCUGGUACGAUAACGAGUGGAUGUACUCAUGCCGCUGCGCUGAUAUCUUCCACCGCCUUGAGCAAUACCUUUAA